UAGGGUUCGGUAACUUUACUCCUCCAGGCUUUCCUGGGUCGGCAUUCCGUCAUCCCUAGGAGCUCCUCUGUCUCUAUUUGUCUCUCUCUCGGAUCGAAUCGCAUCGGGGAAAGAGAGGUAGAGACUUGGAGAUGGGCAGCACGCGAACCAACUUCUACAAGAACUCCUCCUUCGCCUACAACAAGGAUUUGAGCCUCUCCUCCGUCCUCCAAAACCUCAGAGCAUACAACGCCGCGAUCGGAAACGCACCAUCCACCACCGCUACCAGCGGCGAACCAACUCCAGAAGAGAACGCGGAGAACAAGAAGAAUGCUCCCUCUCAUUCUCAGCAUCGGAAGCGGAAGCACGAAGAAAAGCGGCACCAGGAGGCGGCGAGUGACGAGGAGCACAGCCAGACGAGUUUCUCCCAUCAAGGCUACAUCGAGAAGAUAAGGAAAGAAAUAGGAACUUCUCGGUUUUCCCUUGAUACAUCUCCAAGUUCAUUGGUGACUUCCAGCAGGGAUUGUGAGCCCAUUAUGACAGGGGAUGAAAGAACUUCAUCUGAAGAAUGUGAAGAAAAACUGGAUACAUCAACUCCUGCUCAUGCAGAAGAGAGUAGUCGAGUUAAGGAGAGACAUGAACAACGCUUUCCUUUACCCGGAGAGCCAGCCUGUGUCUUGUGUGGACGUUAUGGAGAGUAUAUAUGUGAUAAGACUGGUGAUGAUAUCUGCAGCAUAGAUUGCAAAACUGAACUACUGAAACUCAAAGAUGUUCCCCUGGUUGAGGUUUUUCAUACCUACAUGCCCUUGGUUAUUUCAAGAUUAGUUGAAUUCAAAAUUAGCCAUGGAACUUUGAAUCUUUCUUCUCUUUUCCCACAGAGAACGUUUAGUCACAAGGAAUUGCCUUGGCAAAGUGGACCGGAAGAUGUGUUACAGAUGCCUGAGUUAGAGAAGGACACUUGGGGCUAUGACACACAUGAGUGGACAAAAAAGACAUUCAGUCUGUCUACAUAUAAAUGUUGGAGAUGUCAAAAGCCUGGCCACCUAGCAGAGGAUUGCUUGGUGAAAAUAGGUUCUUCUCAGUGCAGCCAGGUACCUGUGUCAGACUACAGAUUGAACCCAAUACCUAAAGACCUACGUGUCCUCUACAAAAGAUGCCAGCAAAUAGGAAAGAACUCAUCUAGUGCGACAUGCAAUACUUGUCAUGGCUCAUCAAGUUUGGCACUGUGCCUUGACUGUAACAUGGUCUUCUGCGACAGUGCAGGUCACUUGAAUGCACAUAUUUGUGCACACCCUUCUCAUCAAAAGUUUUACUCUUAUAAGCUUAAACGCUUGGUAAAAUGCUGCAAGUCACCUUGCAGUGUAACGGAAUUGAAGGAUCUUCUUGUUUGCCAUUAUUGCCUUGAUAAGGCCUUUGACAAGUUCUACAAUAUGUAUACAGCCACAUGGAACGGGACUGGACUUUCUGUCAUCUGGGGCUCCAUUUGUUGUGAUGACCAUUUCACUUGGCAUCGGAUGAACUGUUACAGUGCUGAUGUGGAAGGCAGUGCAUCUAUUAUCAGCAGCAAUAUGCAAAGAGAUCAGAGUGGCCAGCUCAGUGACUUCAUUUUCUGAUGAUUACCACUGCCUAUGGAUAGUAUUUGAAUUGACCCAGGGAAUCAUCUUAGUGGGAUUUGGCUAAAGUAAGCAAAACCUCAGCACUUUGUGUUGGUUACGAGCUAUGUCUCUUACUUUCAUUACUUUUACAGAUUAAAUUGGAGGAUGAUGAGUCCUUUAGUGUUGAACAGUGUGAGGAAUUUACUGUGUCCAGCAGAUGUCAUGUCAAAGCACUUCUGUAACAUGGGGCUUCUGAUUUUUCUAAUUUGCUUUUUCUUAAAUUUUUUUGUUUAAUUCGUUACUUGACUGAGCAUAGCAGACUCCGCACCCUGGGUUUUUCCUCUCUUCAUGGUGAGAUUCGAUGAUAGGGCUUUUUAUUCUGUUUGAAAGUCAUCUACUGCUCAUUUUUUUCUCAAA